CGUCUACCACGCAAACUACCAGCUGGUAACCCUACCACAAAGUGCUCCACAAAAAUCUAUAUAUACAUCGCCAUUCUCAUAUCAACAAGUUAAAGUCACUCACAAACACUCCCAACAAACAAUUACUUCACUCAUAACUCAUAAGUCAUAGCUUAUAAUGGAUGCCUUUAUCGAAUCUUACAACCCAUUUCCAUCCGUAUCAUCAGAAAGUGUUCCAUUAGCACACUUUUUGACCUCAAAUCGUCGCAAAAGUGCAGUCUUGAAUGCGGCUGCUGAAUCAGAAGUGAUGCUGGCUUCACGAAACCCGAAGAAGAAGGCCGGAAGGAAGAAGUUCAGAGAGACUCGACACCCAGUUUACAGGGGAGUGAGAAUGAGGGAUAACGGGAAAUGGGUUUGUGAAUUAAGAGAGCCGAACAAGAACAUGAGGGUGUGGCUAGGGACUCAUCCUACAGCUAUAAUGGCAGCAAGAGCACAUGAUGUGGCGGCGUUUGCCUUCAGAGGGCGACGGGCGUGUUUGAAUUUUGCUGAUUCUGUGUGGCGGCUGCCGGUCCCGAAGUCUAGCAGUAUAGUAGAUAUACAAAAGGCCGCUGCAGAAGCUGCGGAGGCUUUUAGAUACAUGGAGUCCGAGGAAGAGGUGGAGAUUGUUGAAACGAAGGAGUUGCCGGAAAGUCUUUAUUACGUGGAUGAAGAAGAUAUUUUCGAGAUGCCGGAAUUUUUUGUCAGCAUGGCGGAGGGACUGAUGGUAGCGCCUCCGCAGACGGUGGGAUAUAGCAGUUAUGAGGAUGACGUCGAAAUUUUUGUUGACGAGUCUUUAUGGAGCUUUUAGAUUUAGUGAGCCGUGAGCGUAUAUAUUCACAUUUACUCUUUUUGAAUUUAAAAUAGAUUGUUGAUUAACUUUCCCUCAUGACUAGUUGAUUUUUGUAGACUAGCCAAUGAGAUGCAUAUAGUAUGCAACACGUUUGCAUUGUAAAAAGAAAUAUGAAUUCUAUCAAAUAAUUGGGUUAGACUGGUUAAAAAACGAGUUCCGAGUUUGGUAAAAAUCACUUUUUUAUAUAAUA